GGAGCCAGAGCCGGAGGAGGGGGGAGGAGAAGCUCCCCGCAGAGCUGCCUUCUCCAGGGAUCCGGAUCCGAGGAGGCUCCUUGGCAUGGGCACUCGGCUGUUCUGACGUGGAGAUUCCCUCGGGAGCCCGGGAGUUUGAAGACAGAAGGGAAAAGGGAGAAGCCCGCAGAGAGCAUCAAAGGCAGAGGGGUGCUAUAAAAGGAACCGGGGAGUCCUUUGAAAAGAACCUAUCAUGCACUGAAAAGCUUUCUGGAGAAGGUGCCAUUAUUUGCCUCCCCUUUUGCUCAGAUGAAAGGAGCCAGCAAGGACGGUCCUGAAGUAUUCCUCAGGGGCCUUUUUGUCAUUGUUCCUUUUUCCCCUUGCAUAGGACUGUUCGCUGACCUUUCCAGAGGAAUCUCAGUACCCCCAGUUCCAGCUGAGAAGACAGUUCUUAAUAAAAAAACAACUCCUGCUGUUUGAAUGGGGGGUGCAGCUUGCUUGCUGCGGCUCUUUUUGCUGAGACAUUUUGGAGUGACUGCAGAAACUUAAAAACCAAACAAAACACCAAAACCUUAAACCUCUUUGGAUUAGGCAAGAGAAAAGGAAAUUUUUUUGACCAAACAAGAAGUAAAGGGGAGGUGGUAACUUAUCCCUGAUCCAGGACCUGGAUGAUAAAAGCCUUCAAGUUAUAGGAAUCAGCACUUCCACCCUAACCAAUAAACAUGAGAAGGAGUGGCUGUGGGGUAUCGCGCAGAGGCAGGUUUUAAAAGAAGCCCGAGACUGGUUCCAAACUUCGGGCCUGUAUGAUGCCUGAAGACCGAACUAUUGGGGGACGCCCCUCAGGUGCCUUAGCAUCAACUCCUUUCAUUCCUAAAACUACAUACAGAAGAAUCAAACGGUGUUUUAGUUUUCGGAAAGGCAUUUUCGGACAGAAGCUGGAGGACACUGUCCGUUAUGAGAAGAGAUAUGGGAAUCGUCUGGCCCCAAUGUUGGUGGAGCAGUGUGUGGACUUUAUCCGACAAAGGGGGCUGAAAGAAGAGGGUCUCUUCCGGCUGCCAGGCCAGGCUAACCUUGUUAAGGAGCUCCAGGAUGCCUUUGACUGUGGAGAGAAGCCGUCAUUUGACAGCAACACGGAUGUACACACAGUGGCAUCACUUCUUAAACUCUAUCUUCGAGAACUUCCGGAACCAGUUAUUCCUUACGCAAAGUAUGAAGAUUUUUUGGCCUGUGCCAAACUGCUCAGCAAGGACGAAGAAGCUGGUGUUAAGGAAUUAGCAAAGCAGGUGAAGAGUUUGCCAGUGGUCAAUUACAACCUCCUGAAGUAUAUUUGCAGGUUCUUGGAUGAAGUACAGUCUUAUUCUGGAGUGAACAAAAUGAGUGUGCAGAACUUGGCCACUGUCUUUGGCCCUAAUAUCCUGCGUCCCAAAGUGGAAGAUCCUUUGACUAUCAUGGAGGGCACUGUGGUGGUCCAGCAGUUGAUGUCUGUGAUGAUUGGCAAGCACGACCGCCUUUUCCCCAAAGAGGCAGAACCACAAAGCAAACCCCAAGAUGGAGUGAGUAACAAUAACAAUGAAAUUCAGAAGAAAGCCACCAUGGGUCAGCUACAGAACAAGGAGAACAAUAAUACCAAGGACAGUCCUGGUAGGCGGUGCUCUUGGGACAAGUCUGAGUCUCCUCAGAGAAGCGGCAUGGAUAACGGGUCCCCCACAGCUGUACCGGGUAGUAAAACCAACAGCCCGAGGAACAGCGUUCACAAGCUGGAUGUGUCUAGGAGCCCCCCUCUCAUGGUCAAAAAGAAUCCUGCCUUCAAUAAGGGCAGUGGGAUAGUCACCAACGGAUCCUUCAGCAGCAGUAAUGUGGAAGGUCUGGAGAAAACCCAGACCACUCCCAAUGGGAGCUUACAGGCCAGAAGGACCUCUUCCCUGAAGGGGUCUGGUACCAAAAUGGGCACCCACAGUGUCCAGAAUGGUACCGUGCGAAUGGGCAUUUUGAACCCCGACACACUUGGGAACCCCAUGAACGGUCGCAGUAUGAGCUGGCUGCCCAAUGGCUAUGUGACCCUGAGGGAUAACAAGCAGAAAGAGCAAGCGGGAGAGUCAGGCCAGCACAACAGGCUCUCCACCUAUGACAACGUCCAUCAGCAGUUCUCCAUGAUGAACCUGGAUGACAAGCAGAGCGUCGACAGUGCCACCUGGUCCACCUCCUCCUGCGAAAUCUCCCUCCCCGAGAAUUCCAACUCCUGUCGCUCCUCCACCACCACCUGCCCAGAGCAAGACUUUUACGGGGCUAAUUUUGAGGACCCUGUUUUGGAUGGGCCCCCGCAGGACGACCUCUCCCACCCUGGGGACUAUGAAAACAAGAGUGACCGGAGGAGUGUGGGAGGUCGAAGUAGUCGUGCCACCAGCAGCAGUGACAAUAGUGAGACAUUCGUGGGCAACACCACCAGCAACCACAGCGCACUGCACAGUUUAGUGUCCAGCCUGAAGCAGGAGAUGACCAAACAGAAGAUAGAGUAUGAGUCCAGGAUAAAGAGCUUAGAGCAGCGAAACUUGACUCUGGAAACAGAGAUGAUGAGCCUCCAUGAUGAACUGGAUCAAGAAAGGAAGAAGUUCACAAUGAUAGAAAUCAAAAUGCGAAACGCCGAGCGAGCAAAAGAAGAUGCCGAGAAAAGAAAUGACAUGCUUCAGAAAGAAAUGGAGCAGUUUUUCUCCACGUUUGGGGAGCUGACAGUGGAACCCAGGAGAACCGAGAGAGGAAACACAAUAUGGAUCCAGUGAGCCUGCUUCCUCCCACUGUCUCCGAUGGACGUGGCGGGGGCUCCGGGGUGCUGGUGGGAACAUUCUGUGGGAUCGGGUGGCUGGUCCCCUGCUGUACAGUGCUCUAACUGGUGAAGGCAUAUCAUUUACAGACAUUAGCCAUCCAUAUCUGCAAUGUGUACCAAAGUUAUGUCAUGCCCCAUAAUGCUACUGUCAAGUGUUACAACUGGAUAUGUGUAUAGAGAGUAGUUUUAAAAAGUAAACUAAAAAUGGGAAGCAUAUCUCAAGAAUUAUUUUAUUGCAAGUCUUGUAUUUAAAAUGUUAAAUCAAUAUGUUGUUGCAAUUUAGCUUGCUUUCAAGCUUCACCCUUGCACUUAACAUAAGCUAUUUUUGGCAUUGUGUUAUCAUCAGCUUAUUUUAUAAAUCAAUAUUUUUAUUUCCCCUUUUGCUGAGGAAAUGAAGAUGAGCAGAUAUAUAAAUAUAUAUAUAAAUAUAUAUCAGAUGAGUUAUUAAAGUCAAAAGAAUAUUUCGUGGCUGUGCUGUUUGUGCCAAUAGACCCCGCCAUGACGAAAAAGAGAAAUGUAAAUAGUUUUAUAAAAUACAGUAGAAUCACCAGGAACCUUUGGUUUGCUCUUUAAAUUCCUCCCCUGACACUGCUCAGUUUUCUUAGGGAGGUAUCUUGACACAGAGAAUUUUGGAUUUUGUGGGAAAAAAAUAAAAGACCCCAUCUCAA